AUGGAUAUAAAGACCCUGCUGGACAAUCUUCAUGAUGAAGUAUCCUGUUCUGUGUGUAUGUGUACAUUCACUGAUCCAAAGCAGUUGCCUUGUUUGCACAGUUUCUGUCUUCACUGCCUGAACGGAAUUCAACGAACGAGCGGCGUCCAUGGCAAAAUUACAUGCCCCGAGUGUAGGAGACAGUUUCAGAUUUCUGGAAGUGGAAACCCUAGCGAACUUCCAAAGAAUUUUCGAAUAAACAGCCUGCUAGAUGUCUCAGCCAUUAAAGAGUGCAGUACGGUCAACGUCAAAUGCAGAAACUGCGAGAAACGGAGCGCCCAGACCUUAUAUUGCAUUGUAGGACACAACAUAAUGCGAGAAAAGAAAGAUCACAGAACGCUAGCACUGAAGAAUUUUCAAGAUCAAGACAUCAAGGCUGUAUUAGAGCGACCAGCAUUUUGUCAGAAGAAACAUCAUGAAAAAGAAGAGCUGAAGUUCUUUUGCAAGGACUGUAAAGUCGCCAUUUGCAACACUUGUGCUGUAACACUUCAUGAAGGUCAUGGCAAAAUGCCCUUGCUAGAAGCUACUAAUGAGCGCAAAACACAUAUCAACUCCAUGAUUCGAUCCUUGAAAGACAAAUUAGUGGAAAAACAAGAGAAAGUCGAACAAUUCAAACAAAAAAGCAUCGCAUUUCAAUCGAAAGUAGCCGAGGUAAGAGGCCAAGUGCAGUCGUAUGCAGACCAACUGAUUACAAUCAUCGAAGUGAGAAAACAAGAUGUUUUGGAUACGAUUGAUAAUCAAGCGAAAAACACACUGGGAUCUCUGUCACAGAAAAAGGACGAAGUUGAAAAACAAAUGAAAUUAAUUGAUUCAGCAAUUGAACAAAGUGAAACUCUGUUGAAACGAAGCUUUAUUACUGAAAUCCUGGGAUUCAGUGAAACAUUUGAUAGAAUCCUACAGGAACAGAACACCCAAAAAACCAGUGACACUGAAUGUAUUCCUCGGUUAGCUUCACUAAAAGUGAAAAACUGAUUAACCUGUUGAGCAUGAGCGAAGGGAUAGGAAAUGUAGAAUUUGUUUUUAGCGAAACUAAAGCGCAACAAUCAGAAGCUAAAGUUAAAGAAAAUAGUAAUUUAGUUGAUGCUAAUAAAGGGGCAAAUGUUCGUGACAGUCGUUUUGAGGCUCAGGUACAAACCAAGCGUUUCAGACCUCUGCUGUCAUUUGGACAAUACGGUGAGCUUCUUGGAAUGCUUUACUGGCCCUGGGGUGUGGCAGUGAAUGAUCAUGAUCAAAUUUCCGUGACUGAAUUUCUGAACCACAGGGUUUCAGUGUUUAGUGGUGACGGUACCCACUUAGGAUCGUUUGGUAGGGAAGGUCAGAAUAAUGGUGAGUUCCGGUCCCCUUCAGGGAUCGCUUUUGAUAAUCAUGGUAAUAUUGUAGUGGCAGACAAUAAUAACCAGAGGGUGCAAGUCCUUGAUUGGAAUGGUCACUUUCUUAGUAAGUUUGGUGAAAGAGGAAGUCGUGAUCACCAGCUUAAAUUCCCUGAAGGUUUAUCAAUAAACGGCAACGGUGAUAUUAUUGUUGCUGAUAAAGGUAACAAAUUAAUCAAGAUAUUCUCUUCUAGUGGGGAGUAUUCACGUAAAUUUGGUGGAGCAGGUUCUUUGGUCAAUCCCUUUCACUGUAUUCAACACGAUCAAUAUUUUAUAGUCUCAGAUCGUGGUGAUCAUUCCAUUAAAAUGUUUAAUCUUGAGGGAAAGUUUAUUUGUAAAUUUGGAAAACAGGGAAACAAGGAUGGAGAGUUCAAUAAGCCCCGUUACUUGGCAGUUAACAAAGAAGGAUUGCUAAUGGUCUCUGAUGCAGGAAAUCACAGAGUUCAGUUAUUUGAACUGAGUGGAAAGUUUGUUACAAAAUUUGGAAUUAAAGGUAGUGAGAGAGGAGAGUUUAAGUUUCCAGUGUCUACAGCAAAUCUUAGUGAUGGAAGGAUAGUUGUGUGUGAUAUGAAGAACAACCGAAUCCAGGUUUUUGACAAGAUAUAAUAUGAUGUUAACAGUGGUAUUAUUGUUGAAAAGUUCACUGAAUUGGUUAUCAAGAAUAAGAAACCUUAGUUUUUCGAACAAAACCAUCUCGUGAGGCAUUUAUUUUUGUUACUAUUGACCUUUUCUAGUUGCCGUUGCUGGGGUGGGGGUGGGGGCAUUAGAUUGCCCUCAAUGUAGUUUUGUCUUUUCUGUGAAUGUUACAAUAAAUUAUAAAAUCGUGGCUGUAGUAAUAGCUGUAAUUAUGAUAGCUGAAAUGACAUUCAAGUUGUAAAUAGGAAGUAAACCUUUUUUCAAAUGUAUUGUAGUCUCAUUUAAUUGCCGAUUGUAGUUUAAUAAGAUGGUUCAUUUUUUGGUAUUGAAAUUGUUUUUUAUGUUGUACACCGUUUCAUUUUCUUUCCAGCAGUUGCUAGUUGUUAGCUAGUGUAUUAGAAACCUGUUCGGAUGUCUUAGACGAGCUUUGGUGGUCACAAAAGUUUUAGGUGGGGGUAGGGGGUUGCUUUCAAGUUGAUAUGCCCUCUACGAGAUGAUCAACAAUUCUCGGAAAUACAGGAUGUUUUUUUUUCUUUCAUCAAACCGUCCAGAAAUGUCAAGGAACCUCAUUUGAUUGGUUAAUAAUACAAAGUUUAGUCUGGGUCACAAAACAAGACUUAAAAGCUAUUUCCUUGAUCGUCAACAACAAGCCUACAAUAUUUCAAAACUGCUUCCGACCUUUUCCAUGGAUAUAGAGACCUUGCUGGACAAUCUUCAUGAUAAAGUAGCCUGUUCUGUGUGCAAGUGUACACUCACUGAUCCUAAGCAGUGUGGACCAAAUCACUCUUGCAAUCAUCGAAGCAAGAAAACAAGAUGUUUUCGAUGUGAUUGAUAAUCAAGCGAACAAGUCAUUGGAAUCUCUCUCAGAGAAAAACGACGAAGUUCAAAAACAAGUAAAAUUCAUUGAAUCAGCAAAUGUACAAACUGAAUUUCAGUUGAUACGAAGCUUAACCACUGAAAUCCUUGGAUUCUGUGAAACAAUUGAUACAACACUACAGGAACAGAUCGCCCGAGGAAACCAUGACACUGAAUAUAUACCUCGGUUUAAUUUCCGUAAAAGUACAUUGCGAAUUAACGUGUUGAACAGUGAGGGGAUACGUAAUGUAAACACUGGUUUUAGUGAAACUGAAGUGUAAUAAUCAGGAGCUAAAGGUAAAGAAAGUAGUAAAUUCAUUGCUGGGAAUAAAAUGACUAAAAGGGCAAAUGUUCGUGACAGUCCUUUUGAGGCUCAGGUACAAACCACUGUGCUGUCUGCUGGAAUGCUUUCUGGUCCUACGGGGGUAGCAGUCAAUUAUCAUGAUGAAAUUGCUGUGACUGAAUUCUGUAACCACAGGGUUUCAGUGUUUAGUAGUGACGGCACCCACUUAAGAUCGUUUGGUAGGGGGGGUCAGAAUAAUGGUGAGUUCCAUUUCCCUAAAGGGAUCGCUUUCGAUAGUCUUGGCAAUAUUGUAGUGGCAGACUGCAGUAACCACAGGGUGCAAGUCUUUGAUAGGAAUGGUAAUUUUCUUAGUAGGUUUGGUGGAAAAGGAAGCCAUGAUCACCAGCUUAGUUACCCUGAAGGCCUAUCAAUAAAUGAUAAGGGUGAUAUUAUAGUUGCCGAUUUCGAUAACAAACUAAUCAAGAUAUUCUCUUCUAGUGGGGAGUAUUUACGUAAAUUUGAUGGAGCAGGUUCUUUGGUCAAUCCUUUUCACUGUAUUCAACACGGUCAAUAUUUUAUAGUCUCAGACUAUGGUGAUCAUUCCAUUAAAAUGUUUGAUCUUGAGGGAAAGUUUAUUUGUAAAUUUGGAAAACAGGGGAACAAGGAUGGAGAGUUCAAUGUGCCCUAUUACAUGUCAGUUAACAAAGAGGGAUUGCUAAUGGUCUGUGAUGCAAAGAAUCACAGAGUUCAGGUUUUUGAACUGAGUGGAAUAUUUGUUACAAAAUUUGGAAGAAAAGGUAGUGAGAGUGGAGAGUUUGAGUUUCCAUUAUCUACAGCUAAUCUUAGUGAUGGAAGAAUAGUUGUGUGUGACUCGAAUAAUGGCAGAAUCCAGUUAUUUGACGGAAUAUAA